UCAAGCAGUAGACACUAACGACUAACUUAAAUGUGAAUGAUGAAGGCUUAAAGAAUAAUGUUUCCUUGACUCAGAGACUUGUAGAGGAGGAUACCGAAGGAUCAGCUAAGGGUGGGAGGAUGAACUAUGCCAAGUACAUCACCAGAAUCAGUGCUGCCAGACGGCACUCCGCCAUCAGAAUUCUUUCUGCAAUAGUACAGGAGAACCCCUCUCUGAUUACCAUGGCUGGGGGAAUGCCUAAUCCACAGACAUUUCCUCUACUUGAUGCCAGUCUUACACUCAGGGAUGGAACAAAGAUUGACCUGGAUGCCAAAGCAAUGAAAACUGCCUUACAGUAUUUACCAACAAAAGGGUUUCAACCCUUAAUUAAUUUUAUAAAUGACCUACAGUUCAAAAUUCAUAAUCCUCCAACAUACAAGGCAGAUGACCACCCAGGUCAAAUGGAUGUUAUUAUCACCACAGGAAGUCAAGAUGGCUUGUGUAAGGCUUUUGAGGCUAUGGUAACAGAAAAUGACAACAUUUUGGUGGAACUCCCUGCAUAUUCUGGAACUUUAGCAAUUGUGAAGCCAAUCACAUCAAAUAUAAUCCCAGUGGAGUCGGACAUGAAUGGCCUAAAUCCAUCAUCUCUUCGUCAAGCUUUGUCUAGAUGGUCCCCUUCUGAAGCCAGAAAACCUGGUUCUGAUGCCCCAAAACUCCUGUAUCUUGUCCCCAAUGGGGGGAAUCCCACAGGGGUGGGGCUUACAUUGGACAGAAAAAAGGAAAUCUACAAGAUUGCUCAGGAGUAUGAUUUGAUCAUCCUAGAAGAUGAUCCAUAUUUCUAUCUGCAGUUUACAAAGCCAUUUGUUCCCAGUUUCCUGUCAAUGGACACUGAUGGUAGAGUGGUGAGGUUUGAUUCCUUCUCCAAGAUCAUCUCCUCAGGAAUGAGGUUAGGUUUUGUCACUGGACCUCAGCCUUUGGUAGAGAGAUUGGAACUUCACUCACAAUGCUCAGUGAUGCAUGCCAGUGGCAUUUCACAGAUGAUCCUUCAUAAAAUCCUGGAAAACUGGGGUCUAGAGGGGUUCUUAAAGCAUACUGAAAAUACAGUAGAAUUUUAUAAAAACAAGAGGGAUCAGUGUCUAAAAACAAUGGAAAAACAUCUGUCAGGGUUGGCAGAAUGGUCUGUUCCAUCAGGAGGUAUGUUUGUGUGGAUCAGACUGAAUGUGGAGGACUCAUAUAAACUUGUUACUGUCAAAGCUCGCAAGAAGGAGGUCUUGUUUGUUCCAGGAAAUGUCUUUAUGUUGGAUAACACCAAGCCCUGUCCAUACAUCAGGGCCUCAUAUUCUAACUGUACUGAGGAACAAAUGGACAUAGCAUUUCAACGAUUGGCUGAAAUAUUACGAGAAGAGAACUAAAAUAAAAGUUCAAGCUAGCUCUGAGUAUAUGUUUACCUGUUGCUGAGAGUUUACAUAAAUCUUUAGUGAGAAAUGGUGAUUCUUAAUUUGCAAGAAAGAAGGAAACCAACAUAAUAUUUUUUAUCUGCCUGUAAUAGAAAAAGAAUUUCGAUGAAGAAUUCACUAACAUGCAUUCUUAAUUUUUGUGUACAUUUUUUAAAUUGAUUUAUUUGAUUGAACAAUUUCUGUUUAUAUUGUUCAACUACACAAGAUCCAACAUGAACUUGAAUGGAUUUGAAGUUUAUCUUUUGAGGGAAUUAUAGUGGGGUUUUUUUUAUUGGAUAAUUUUGUACAAAUAUGGCAUGAAAUUACACAAAGUUUAUCUAUUUAGAAAAUUACAAUGUGUACAACCAUGCCAUGGUAUUUAUUUUUUUCAGAAAUUUCUAUUUGUUUACAUAAUAUUUUAGAUUAGUUUACAACUGUUUAAGAUUAAUCUAAGGGGUUUUAAUUUAACCUAUAUUGAUAGAAGUGCGAUUUAAUUCCUGUAUUUUUGAGAUUUUCUAAGGGAGGCCAAAAAGUCAUGUUUUGUGUCAAUACUCUAGAAAAUAAAUUAUUUUGUAAA